AUGUUUUCAGUUAUUGAGAAGAAGGAAAGACAAUAUAAAAUUGAAUUAAAUACACAAUAUUGUGCUUCCACUCAAUCAAUGGAAAACUCUUGUUGCUACUCGAGUUGUCAUCCUGUCAGUGUUGACUUUCGCAAAUGGUUGCAAACAACAAAAUUUGCAGGUGGUAAAGUUUAUGGCGUUGACAGCACGUUGACUUAUAAAUAA